AUGCUGCCUCCAGCACUCAACAUCCCAAGAUGGCUGAGGGAGAAUUCGCAUCUCCUCAAACCGCCGAUCAACAAUUACUGCGUCUACCAUCCGUCCUCCAAGGCCACGCAGGGCUAUACAGUCAUGGUCGUGGGCGGGCCUAACUCGCGGACAGACUACCAUAUCAACUCCACGCCCGAGUUCUUCUACCAGCACAAGGGAUCCAUCGUGAUCAAGGUCGUCGACACGACUACCUCGCCGGCGACGUUCCAGGAUAUCCCCGUCCACGAGGGAUCGCUGUUCCUGCUCCCGGCAAACACCCCGCACUCGCCCGUCAGGUUUGCGGAUACCGUUGGCGUGGUGAUGGAAGUCCCGCGGGCAAAGGGGGCAAAGGAUACCCUGCGCUGGUACUGCAAGACGUGCCGGAACAUCGUCUGGGAGAAGAGCUUUAUCUGCACUGACUUAGGGACCCAGCUCGAGGGCAUUGUCGAGGAUUUUGCAAACGACGAAAAGAAGAGGAGGUGUAAGUUCUGCGGGCGAGUGGCGGCAGUGAAGUACGCCGACGGCGAGGUCGUGCAGCCUCCUCGCUUUCUAGACGACUAA